AUGAGCGUUCCUGCCUCCUAUGAUCAGUUGAGAACCCAUCUCGAGCUGAUCUCGUCCAACCCAUCCACCAAUCUCGACAUUCGGCUGGUAGAAAAGCUUCAGGCAGAACUAGUUGCGAUCACCGAUCCACAAAUAUUAGCCGCAAUUCUUGUUCAAAUAGCAGAUGUCUUUGCUACUCUUCAGAAUGACCCUACUCCGCUAACAAACCUGGGAAUAAAGGCCGCGACAUACCUUUCCUUUUCUCAGAUACAGGCAAUCGAGCCCCCAGUUAGUUUAAUUGCUGGAAUCAGGGCGCCUUCACCUCCAAUUAAUCUCCUUUCCUUAUUUCUGCUCCGCAAAGCUAGCGAAUCGGCGAGUGAUGCAGCAGUCAUCGCAGGAAAUCCUGCCCUGUUAACAACCCUGGUCGAAGCAUGGCUCACGACUUCUUCAACAGCUGUUGCAGAGGCCGCCUUGGAUGUCUUAUGGUCUCUACUCGAAGUUGACAACCCAAAUUCCAUUCAAGGAAAUGAUGAAUCAGAUAAGACUAAAGCCGCUGGCCAGGGAUUGGUUUGGAGACGGUUGUUUGGUGACAGCACCGUGUAUAAACUACUAUUCUCGAUAUGCAGCUUUGACACGGCUGGACAAUCAGGCCAGCCCAAGAAGCGGGAAAAAUCUGUGGCCCAGGGAAGAUUCCUAGAUUUUGUCACGAGAUUGGGUACCUUAAGCUGGACCACCCUUACAACUUCCCAUUUUCCGGAUAUUGAACUGAAAUUCAAGAGCAAACACUUGCUAGAGUUUGCGGCUUGCCGAAUGGUAGAUACCGACGAUGUCCUCUUGCACAUGACACUUAUCCACUUUUUUUGUGAACUUUUGAAGAUAAAUGCUCCCGGCAUGAAACAGAGCUGUGACGCAGCUCAAAAGUCGCACCCAAAAUUCUCUUCGCCAUCGUUGGAGUUUUUGAUAUCUUCUGGAUUACAUUGCAGAACCAUGAAUUCCUACAUAAACCCCUCUAUACUCAACCCUGCCGAAGCUCCUUAUCUCUCCGGCCCUAUAAUGUCGUACGUUUCCCUGUAUGCGCAACUCUAUCCAAAUCACCUCCUUCAAAACCCACAGCCAUUUUUAGACGGUAUACUUACUGGCAUCCAUCGAUCUCUUGAUAUACCUUCCGCGCAAUGGGCUCAUGGAACAGUUCCAAGUGGUGAUCUUAACAUCCUAGCGUCGCUUCCGCGAGUUAUGAUAUUAGAAGCUGGGAAACGGUCACUAAAUCCAUUACUGACCGUUCCCUCUAAGCCUCUGCAUAAGAAUACUCUCGAUGCACUCGGAAGGAUAUUUAGUGGCCCCUCUCCUACCCCGAGUAUUGAUUCUGAGCAGCAGAUUGUUCUGAAUGGGCCUCUCACCAGUGCCCAUGCGGAAGCUGCGGCUGCAAGAACACUCUAUUUUCAGUAUUUGAAUGAGCAUACUGACAUUUGGGCAAAUGUGGUAGCCGCUGCGGAAACAGUUGCCAUGACGGAUACGGCCCUUGCUGCCAUUGCCUUUAUUACCUCCGUUGCGACUGCUAAUUGGGCAUCAAACCCAAGUUCAAAUCAACUCGGUACCUCAUUCGCUAUACCAACCGAAGAUGAAAUUGAGCAACUUGGUCCAUCACCCGCUGGAAACUUGCCAAGACAUGGAUCUUGGGCCCUGCUGGUUCCUCCAGCUUUGACAGUCGUCUUACCGUAUCUUUUCAAGGACCCUCAAACAUAUGCAAAUUUCGUGGCUGGUGGUAGAGGGGACACCGAGAGCGCUGUAUGGAGGGUAGCUACUGCAAAAUAUGAUGCGCUUGUGGCACUAGAGUCUUCUAUCGAAAAAAUUGGCGGCGAUACCAGUGGUUUUAGUGAUUUGAUGCGAUCCUUAAAAAGGCGCGUAUCACAAGGCCCAUGGGGCAACACGAGUCAAGUUGGAAGCCGAGUAGAUGCACUAGAGCUAUGA